AUGGUGAGCGGCGAAGGUAAGGCGAGCUCGCAGAGGCAGCGGCGGCGGCGGCGGGGACGGAGAGAGGCAGGCAGGCAGGCGGGCAGGCAGGGCGAGAGACGGCGAGGGGAGGGAGCGAGCGAGGCAGCCCAGACAGACAGACAGGCGGGCGGGCGGGCAACGCGAGCCACCCGCCAGGCUGCGCUCAGCCCCGCUCGCCGCGGAGAGAGCAGAAGGCAGGAGGAGGGAGGGGAGGAGGGGGAGGGAGGGAGAGAGGGAAUCCAGCUACCACCACCCAAAGCCAGCGUCUGCUUUCUGUCCUCAUUUCCUUUCCCACCCAGCUCUGAGAGCAGAGAAAGGCAGAGGGAGCGAGAGAUUGAGACAGUCAGAGGGACAGACAGACAGCCAGAAGAGAGCGGGAGGGAGGAGGGCGGAGGAGGAGGAGCAGGAGGAGGACUACGCGGGGCGCGUUCCCUCCCAGCUGCCGGGCGCCCGCGUCGCUGCCGCCGCCGGAAGACAGACGCCCCCCGAAACCCCUCGCCUGGCUCGGACCCACGGAGCCGGCAGCCCAGCACUCCGAUGGGAGCUUGCCUGCCUGUCUACCCGUUGGCCUGGACCCCAGAGCCUGCCCAGCUAAGUGCGUGCAGAGGGCCCCGGGUUCGGGGCGAUUCUCAGGCUGCCGAAGAGACCACCCUGGAAUCACUGGUGAAGACAGGCCUUUGUUGCUGA